AUGGUCGCGGGUUUACAGGCAUUGUCUUUUCCCAUGACUCCAGGUUACUGGCAUCCGCUUCCGAAAACAACACCAUACGCCUUUGGAGAGUCGCAGAGACUGAAAACAACAGCAUUGAGUGGCUCCAGAACGAGACUAAUGAAGAUUUCUCCAGAUAUGAAGAAGGUAACCACCUUGAAUGAAGCUGGGUUGUGUAUGUGGAGCGCCGAUGCGGUGGCUGCACUUGGUCAUAUCGGUGCCAAGCCGGCGCCAAGCUGGUGUUUUCCCAGUUCAGCCUUCAUCCUCGUUCGCGAUAGACAAGAAUUCAGAAAAAUCAACAAAAGUGGGCUUUUACAUACAGAUACAGGGGAUUGUGUGUCACGCCCAAACAACCGAAGGAACCGAGAGGGAGCUUUCUCCGAUGAUUCAGCGCUCAUUGCAUUUGCGGACGGCGAUAGUUCGGCAUCAUAUAUAUCUGUCUACACAACUACCACCGGAAAUCGUGUCCAACGCUUUGAAUGUCUAAAGGGAAAUCAGGAUAACUUAAGCUUCUCGAAAGACUCAAAACUCAUUGCGGCGAUUGGCAACGGCAUGCUUUGUACUUGGGAUGUCACAAGUGGCCAGUGCCGCCAACAAACAAUGCCAGAAAGUUAUGUGAACGCAUCCUAUCUUUCCAUAACAUUCUCUCCCGAUUUGGAUUGGGCUGUGGGCAUCAAUUUGUACAACAAUACUCGGGUGUGGAGAUGCGCGACAGGGAGGCUGAUCCACGAUUGUUACGUUCCAUCACUAGGCCUCGGGGCCUUCGACACUGACUAUAUCAUAGUCAGUUCCUCUACUAGCUUGAUUUAUUUUUGGGACUUUCAAACGGGCAUCCGCCUGGCUAGGACAAAGAACCUUUACCCCCAUCAUGGAGCUGUGAGUUUUCAACCGAAGAGUUCGCAGCUCCUCGUUGGAACUGGAGCGGUUGAGCGCUCCACGAUUCUAUUAAGCCUCGUCGCUCCGGCUACGGGAUCAGCCUUGACUAUAGCUGGAUCACCUGGACGACAAUUUCUUCUAUCUACCAGCGAGCUACCAGCCGACGAAUUCGAUGCUGUCCUUGUAUCCGGGUCUGUAGUUAUUAUUGGCUAUAAAAGACUUGGAAUGUCGGUAGUGUUCGGGUUCUCCUCUGCCAGAGGAAGUAAGCCAAUGGCAGACAUACACUUCAUUGAUCAUUGCAACCCAAUACAAUCUCGUCGAUGA